ACACUGUAUGCUUUGCUGUUUUAGGCAAGGAUCAGUGAUUGUGGACGCUGUGCUGGUGUUCAAUAACAUAAACACUGUCCCUGGAACCAGCGAUGUGGCAACGACCUUAAAAAACGCUGCCUCCUCAGACUCUGGCUUAAAUCUCCCUAUAGACCCCGCUAGCAUAGUGGUUUCAGUGGCUACUCAGACUACUGCAGAAGCUACAACACCUACGGUAACUACAGAACAUGGCCUCCAGACUACGGAACACUCAAGUCAGACUGCGCAAACAACUGUGGGACAAGCUGGUCAGACUGCAUCAGCAACUGCAGGAGCCACUACAACGUCAAAUAUAAGCCCUUUAACAUUGACCUCUGACUCUACCACAUCACCAUCGAUUCUUGUAACCUCAACCAAGGAAACAGCAAAGGUCACUACACAACCUGAAACAACUACAAAACAUGGAACAUUGAGGACAAACCCCACAAGAACUUCUCAACCUGCAACAGCAACCACAAACCUUUUUCCAUUGAUGACAAAGAGUACAACAUUGAUGACGGACUCUGCAUCAUCAAACACAAGACUUGGAACAUCAACCACAAUCACUGGAUUGCUCAGUAUCUACCAACCCACAUCGACCGAUAUCCCUCAGACAUCAACCACAAACCCUACAACACUGACCCUAAGCUCUACCACACUGGCAGAGAGCCCAACUGUAGCAGUCUCUGAUGCUAUGACAUCUGAAUCAAGUUCUGUAAAAUCAACUAAAACAACUGGAAUGUUCACGACAAGCUUUGCAACAGGAACUGCAAAUCCUGAAUCAUCGGCCACAAACCCCAUGACCACAGUGACACUACCUAAAAUAUCAACCACAGCCUCUGUAUCAUCAAUAACAAGCCCUGUAACAUCAACGGCAAAGCUUGAAACAUUGACCACAAAUUCUGCAACACUGACUAUAAACCCUGUAACACCAACCUCUCUCCCAGACACAUCCAUAUUAAGUCCUGUAACAUCAUCUACAACGUUCAUGACAAAGUCUGCAACAUUGAGUACCAACACUGAAAUGGUGACCACAAACCGUAUGUCAACAUCUCUCAAGAACACUCCUACUUUCUCUACAAACAUUGCAACAGUGACUGAAAUCCCGACAACACAGACUAGGAACCCAGCAACACUGACCCAAAGGCCGACAACACCUACCAUAAGCCAAACUGUAUUAGUCUCUGAUGACGUGACAUCCCAAUCAAGUCUUGCAACAUCAACUAUCAAAUUUCCAUCAUCAACUACAAACUCUGAUAUAGUGACUUCAAUCCCUGAAAUAUCAACAACAAACUUCCAAACGCAAACAGCAGAAACUAAAAUAUCAACCCGAGACUUAGCAGUAUCAAUAACAAGUCCUGUAACCUCAGCCAGAAUGUCUUCAGCAUUGACUUCAAAAACUGAUACCUUGACCACAGAACCUGCAAUGUCAAAUAUAAGCCCUUUAACAUUGACCUCUGACUCUACCACAUCACCAUCGAUUCUUGUAACCUCAACCAAGGAAACAGCAAAGGUCACUACACAACCUGAAACAACUACAAAACAUGGAACAUUGAGGACAAACCCCACAAGAACUUCUCAACCUGCAACAGAAACCACAAGCCCUUUUCCAUUGAUGACAAAGAGUACAACAUUGAUGACGGACUCUGCAUCAUCAAACACAAGACUUGGAACAUCAACCACAAUCACUGGAUUGCUCAGUAUCUACCAACCCACAUCGACCGAUAUCCCUCAGACAUCAACCACAAACCCUACAACACUGACCCUAAGCUCUACCACACUGGCAGAGAGCCCAACUGUAGCAGUCUCUGAUGCUAUGACAUCUGAAUCAAGUUCUGUAAAAUCAACUAAAACAACUGGAAUGUUCACGACAAGCUUUGCAACAGGAACUGCAAAUCCUGAAUCAUCGGCCACAAACCCCAUGACCACAGUGACACUACCUAAAAUAUCAACCACAGCCUCUGUAUCAUCAAUAACAAGCCCUGUAACAUCAACGACAAAGCUUGAAACAUUGACCACAAAUUCUGCAACAUUGACUGUAAACACUCGAGCACCAACCUCUCUCCCAGACACAUCCAUAUUAAGUCCUGCAACAUCAUCUACAACGUCCAUGACAAAGUCUGCAACAUUGAGUACCAACACUGAAAUGGUGACCACAAACCGUAUGUCAACAUCUCUCAGAAACACUCCUACUUUCUCUACAAACAUUGCAACAGUGACUGAAAUCCCGACAACACAGACUAGGAAACCAGCAACACUGACCCAAAGGCCGACAACACCUACCAUAAGCCAAACUGUAUUAGUCUCUGAUGACGUGACAUCCCAAUCAAGUCUUGCAACAUCAACUAUCAAAUUUCCAUCAUCAACUACAAACUCUGAUAUAGUGACUUCAAUCCCUGAAAUAUCAACAACAAACUUGCAAACACAAACAGCAGAAACUAAAAUAUCAACCCGAGACUUAGCAGUAUCAACAAGUCCUGUAACCUCAGCCAGAAUGUCUUCAGCAUUAAUCACAAACACUGCUACCUUGAGCACAGAACCUACAAUGUCAGCAUCCUCAGCGAACCCCAUUACACCAAUGACAAUACCUGUUACAGCAACCACAGACUCUUCAGCACAAACCAUCAGUGAUGCUCCAUUAUACAUAAGUCCUACAUUGACUACAAGCCUUACAAUGACUUCCAAAAGCCAUAAAAUGUCCACCACAAUGCUUGCAACAGUGACCCAGACCCCAGCAGAGGGACCACAGUUAUUGUUGGAAUUUACACUGGAUCUGGAGUUUGCAACGGUCCUCACAGAUUCCUCCUCAACACAGUACAUACAUUUGAAAAAUCAAGUUGAAGAGCAGCUGGAUUCCAUCUAUAAAAAGCAGUAUGGGGACACAUUUGAUCACACUGAGGUCCAGCGUUUUAG